AUGCAAGCCUCGAAUCAACCGCGGUACAUCCACGAGAUCAACCCCUUCUCAGACGGCAUAGGCACGGUGUGCCAGCGAGAAGGCUUUUCGCGGUGCGACGACUUGUUCCGCAACAAGAUCUCCACGAAACUAUUGACGGACCGAGACCUCAACAUUCAAGUUCAGCCGGGCCAUUCGACACAGAUUCUAAACCUGCCACAAGGGUAUUCUGCUUGGGAAAGACAACGAACGAUAGGGCGGGGCGCGGGUGCCUUCGACCGACUUAUCUUUGGUCACCCAAGCGGAUUCUUCGACUCGCUGCCAAAGUAUUUCGUACACUACAAGCACUGCUUGCAGUACAACACGAGUUACGGCUGCCCGUGUUGCAAGUGCUCCGCUCCUGGUCCAGCAAUCCCUCAAAGCCAUGCCGGUCGUCAAACCCAUCCAGCGCCUCAGAUGGCUCCAGUCCUUCCUGCUGCUGGUCCACAAGUACAUCACGCAGCAUCUCUGUCCACCGGAGCCGCGCCAGUCCCACCCACUUUAUAUACAAUCAUAGGCGCACCUACAAUUUCCGACGGCACGGGCAAGGAGUGCACUCGCGGGGGCGCAGUCCAGAAUGACGACCAUUUCCUGAACGCCAUUGGCAAGUAUAUCGCUAAGGAGCGACAUCUCGCCAAUGGUCCGCAUCGCUUAGAGAAGCUCCCAGAUCGAUACUCCGGCUGGGAGCAGCGUCGUGUCGGAGGACAAAACGACCGCUACAUCAGCGGUCAUCCAUCCGGCAAGGAUUUCAGGUCAGUCUCGGAGUUCGUUGACCAUCUCAACUGGCUUUUCGUCGGCGAUGCGACCGCUCAGUGUCCUUGUUGCCUUUGCCACGGCGACCGUCGUGUAAAAGAUACGAGGGGUAUCCGUGGUACGCCAGCUACGCUCUCUCUUCGACCAGGUCAGAUGGUCCACACAGUACCACAAGCAGCAGUGGACCCGGUGGAACGUGAGGUACUUGCUCCACGGCCAACUCGCCCUGCUAUACCAGGUUUUAUGCAAGCAAGAUCGCUUCCUAUGCUCGGUCCUCACAAUGCCAGUCAUACAGACGAGAUAGACACAGUAUUCGGUGGGCCAGAAGAGGACACGAUACCGAUUGAGGGCGUGUCAGAACCUGUUGACUGGGCGGCUGUCUACGAGAGAAAUGGCUGGACUCCACCAGGUACCCGUCGAGAGCGAGUCCCUCCGCCAGGCACAUCACCAGAGUUCGAGGCGGAGCUGUACGACGAGCUUCACGCUUUCUUGCAUCCCACACAGCAGCAGUCCGAACCGCCACUGCCUCAGCUAGGAGCGGUGCAAGAGCCCCAUCUAAAUCCAGUAUUGCCAGAGGAGGAGCAGCUCGCUCGAGGUGCAGAGGGCCAGGAUGUGUCCCGGGUCGACCCGAACGUGUGUCUUGAAUGCAUGAGCUAUCAUGCUCCGCAAGCGCCUCACGACUGGACAGGAUGGACUUUUGACGAGGAGGGUAACCCGGUGGUCGAGGAAGAUCCAGAAUGGAUGGACUUCGAAUAG